AUGGCAUCCAACCAAAGCCAGGGCCAACGUGGGCAGUAUCACCAUCCAACGCGAGGCCAGCCGUCUCAGGGACGCAACCAGAGUCAACAGCAACACCAGAGCCAGUACCGAGGGAGCCAGACGCAGCAUCACCAGCGCGUUGAUCGGCCCCAAUACGCGGCUCCGAAUCCAACUGGGACGGCUCCAGUCGUCACGCCUCCAACAGCCGCAACAUCUGCCGCCACCGUCAGGUCACAGCAAGACUGCCUCGAGCUGCUCGCCUUGGAAUUCUCGUCCCUUGCGGACCGCGAAAUGCCCUCUCAAGGCUUUGAUGCAGCGGCAUCGCAGCAGCAACAGGUUGCAGGGCCAGCGUCAGCGCCAGCGGUGCCCGGCCAUGCAAUCGCGUCUGGCACACCGACGAACAACCUCAUCGCGAGAACGAUCCGCGCGGCCAUGGUGGAAAUCGGGCCCAGCUCAUAA